AUGCGCACGUACUUUUGCGGCGUGACUAUAAAGGCCUUCGGCGACGUCCGUUCCCUUGGACACGUCGACACAAGGCACCGGCGCAGCAUUGUGCUGGAGCGCCUGCUCAACGAAGGGAUAGCCGACCUCAGUACGCUCGAGGCCAUGCUCAAGCACGAUACAGGCGCAAUGCUCGACGCGAUCCGAAGCACCGCUGCAGCCGCAGAGGCUGGUGCGGCGGUUUAUGCCAGCUCGGCCACGAGCAAUGAGUUGGAAGAGAAGUUGCGGUCACAGACCAAGGAGCUCGCUUCUGAGCAGCGCUCUGCGAGCGCUGUGAAGAAGGCGCUCGCGUCGGCGCGGGCUGAGCUUGCUGCGGCACAAGAUCUUAGGCGUUCCGACCGCGACAACCUGAGGACAGCGCAGCAGGCUGCUAAACGCGACAUCAAAGCGGCCGAGCGGAUGGCCGACGAGGUAACACACGCAGCUCGAGCUGAUUUCGAGUGGCGUAUCGGCGAGAUGCGGGUCAAGAUGCAGGCUGAGCUGCGCGAGCCGUCGACGCGCUGA